AUGGAGAAAGACCACAAGCAGAUGCUGAAGGGCCAGAUCAUCGAAGCACGAGAGCAGCGGGCAACAUCCAAGCGGCUGCAUGUGGAGCAGGCCUCAACGCACGACUUCCCGGAUUUCACAAAGCCGACAGACAUCUCUGUGCAGGACUACGUUGUGGAGCGCAAGAUGCACCUGAAGGACGAUCUAGACCAGCAGGUGAAUCUAAAGAGGAGGCAAAAGGAGCAAAGGAAGGCUUUGGAGAAUUGGACCGCAUCAACAAUCUGGCAUGCCACAGGGACUUGGCCCAGCAAAAGCUUCGAGAGCGCGACAAAGGCCGCCAGGCUUUGCAGGAGUGCCUGCAGUCCUGGGAAGAUACCAAGCGCAUUCGGGAAGCGCAGAAGGCCAUCCAUGAGUUCAAGAAGAGACCCAGCGCGUCCCGGUCCGGCCUGGUGGACAUGCUGA